GCUGACGGCAUACUGCGUACUUCGGCAAACUCAGUCAAAUACGGCAUUCACCAAAGCUUUUUCAAGGUUUGUUCUGCACAUUCCAUUACCAUGAAGGUUUUGAUCCUAGUUGCUUUGGUUGCCGUGGCAACGGCUAAACCAGCUGAGAACUCCAUUCAGCGUCUUGUCCGCUCUCUGGCAGAAGAUAAGAUUAUGAAGAGGGAUAUCAUCAGUGUUGUAGUUAAUGCCAAUUGCGUCUGCGCCAUUAACUCCGUGAUCGGUCUACCUUAUGGUGGAUGUGACUUUCUUUCCUUUUCUGUCGCCAGCAAAUGCAAACAGUGCUUUGGCAGCCACCCCUCUGCUCUGUUCACUCCUCCCUUUACAUCCAUAUGCUCCAACUUGGCCAAACUCGCCCUCAACGAGUGCAACAAAGGAACCGUACAAAACCUCGCCGACAGUGUUUGCCCCAAAUUUGCCAGCUCAAUGAUUGGCUAAAUGAACUUUCCUGUGCCAAAAAUACUUGCAAGGAAGACAAAGGAAAUACAUUUAUGAUUUGCAUAACUUAAACAUUGUAUGCAACAAACUUAUCAACUUACCUAUUAUCGGCUAAAUGAACUUUUUGUAAAUUUAACUGUGCCAGAAAUAUAUGCAAGAAAGACAAUAAUUAUUAAAAAAACAUUGAUGAUUUGCAUAACGUACAUGUUUAUUUCAAUGUGCGUUUCUUAGUGUUUGUGUACGCAUGCGCACGUAUGUGUGUGUGUGUGUGUGUGUGUGUGUGUAAGUGUCAGUGCGAGAGAUAGGGAGAGGAUUCUAAUUCUUUUGUUUGUGGGUUAAUAUGAAAAGGCGCAUACAGAGUAUGUUUUAAUGUAUACGUAAAAGUUAAAAAUAUCAAGCAAUAAAAUG